GUGCAGGAAGAGGGAGCCUCCAUCUUAGGUGCUCGUCGCGGCGGCGGGAUGGCCACGGAUAGCCGGGAGGAGAAGGGUCCUUAUAGUUGAUGAGUGGUCCAGAUAUCGAAGAUGUGGCUUGAUGGUCCGUGAAGGUGGCACCCAAGAUGUACUCUCAGCCGUGGCCAUUCUCACUCAGUUUCCAAAAAACAUUUGCCUUGACAACAGCUUUUCACCUUUUCUUCAGCCACACCUACUGAUCGACCUGCCCUGUCAGCUCUGCUGUUAGUCUAAUGACGACACUUAUUACUUAGCAACGGCCACAAUUGCCUGUUAAACAUGUGAACCAUCCUCGGCUAACAGGAUCUAAUAAUUCUGAAACAUACCUACCGGUUUCCUGGCUCCUGCCCACUCCCGUGUAAGAGCUCCAUAUGCUGUGUGAUUGCUAACAUCUAUGCAAAGCUGGAACCCCCAGGUAAUAUACCAGAUGGUGAACUGAAUGUUCUGGAUGACAUUUUGACUGAUGCUCCUGACCAGGAUGAUGAGUUAUAUAACCCCGACAGUGAGCAAGACAAAAGUGAGAAAAAGGGAUCAAAAAGAAAAACUGACAGAAUGGAAAAUGCUGAAAGCAAGAGGCAAAAACCUUCUGUUCAUUCCUCGAGGCAGAUGAUGCCAAAGCCUCCCAGUUCAUCAGUUAGCAAUAACAAGAGAAUAGUGAAUACGAAAGGAAAGCCAGUGUCGGAGUACAAGACUGAGGAGUAUCAGAGAUCUGACAGAAACAAGCACCCAGAUGAUCGAAAGAUGCGAAUGCCAAGCAGUUCCAGGGAACCUUAUAAAGGACAACCAGAAAAAUCUUACAUGAGGAAGAGGGAUAGUGACAAAACGGCAAAGUCUCCUACACCAGAUGGUUCAGAGAAAAUCAGGCAUGAUGUGGAUAGAAGACCAAGCAGAUCUAGCCAUUCCUCUAAAGAAGAGGUGAACUCUGAGGAAUAUUGUUCAGAUCACGAGACUGGCAGUAGUGGUUCCUCUGAACAAGGCAACACUGAGAACGAGGAGGAAGGAAUUGAAGAAGAGGAAGAUGAUGAAGGGGAGGAGGAUGAAGAGGUGGAAGAAGAUGGGGAGGAAGAUGAAGAGUAUGAACAGGAUGAGAGGGAUCAGAAGGAAGGAAAUGACUAUGACACACGGAGUGAAGCCAGCGAUUCUGAUUCUGAAUCUGCCUCUUUCACAGAUGGGUCAGUCAGAUCUGGGUCUGGUUCAGAUGCAUCAGACGAGAAAAAGAAGGAGAGGAAGAGAGCUAGAGGUAUCUCUCCAAUUGUUUUUGACAGAAGUGCAAGUUCUGCAUCAGAAUCAUAUGCAGGUUCAGAAAAGAAGCAUGAGAAAUUAUCAUCUUCCGUUCGUGCUGUCCAAAAAGACCAAACAAGUAAACUUAAAUACAUUCUCCAAGAUGCAAGAUUCUUUCUCAUCAAGAGUAAUAACCAUGAAAAUGUAUCACUUGCUAAGGCAAAGGGAGUAUGGUCAACACUUCCAGUGAAUGAAAAGAAGCUUAAUGCUGCAUUUAGAUCAGCAAGGAGUGUUAUUUUGAUAUUUUCUGUAAGAGAGAGUGGCAAAUUCCAAGGGUUUGCAAGAUUAUCUUCAGAGUCCCAUCAUGGAGGAUCACCUAUACAUUGGGUGCUGCCUGCAGGAAUGAAUGCAAAAAUGUUGGGAGGUGUCUUUAAAAUUGACUGGAUUUGCAGGCGGGAAUUGCCGUUCACUAAGUCUGCUCACCUGACCAAUCCUUGGAACGAACAUAAGCCAGUAAAGAUUGGACGCGAUGGACAGGAAAUUGAGCCGGAAUGUGGAACCCAACUUUGUCUUCUCUUCCCUCCUGAUGAAAGUAUUGACUUGUAUCAAGUCAUUCAUAAAAUGAGGCACAAGAGAAGAAUGCACUCACAACCCCGAUCAAGAGGACGCCCAUCCCGUCGAGACCCCGUUCGGGAUGUGGGAAGGCGUCGACCAGAAGAUUAUGAUAUUCAUAACAGCAGAAAGAAACCAAGGAUUGACUAUCCCCCUGAGUUUCACCAAAGACCAGGGUAUAUAAAGGAUCCCAGAUAUCCUGAAGUAGACAGACGAUUUUCAGGAGUUCGACGAGAUGUAUUUUUAAAUGGGUCCUACAAUGAUUAUGUGAGGGAGUUCCACAACAUGGGACCACCACCACCAUGGCAAGGAAUGCCACCGUAUCCAGGUAUGGAGCAACCACCACACCACCCUUACUAUCAGCACCAUGCACCUCCACCUCAAGCUCACCCUCCAUACUCAGGACAUCAUCCUGUACCCCAUGAAGCGAGAUACAGAGACAAACGAGUACACGACUAUGACAUGAGAGUAGACGACUUCCUUCGCCGCACACAAGCCGUUGUCAGUGGUCGGAGAAGCCGUCCCCGGGAGAGGGACCGAGAGCGGGAGCGCGACCGGCCUCGAGAUAAUCGGAGAGAGAGAGAACGUGACAGAGGCCGUGAUCGGGAAAGGGAGAGAGAGAGGAUUUGUGACCGGGACAGAGACAGAGGUGAAAGAGUUUCAUAUGGUUCGAUGGGAGAAUGCUGCUAUCAAGUAUGCAAAUAUUGAAGUAUGAUUUCUUUUUCUUUUUUUGACGGUAUGGCAGUGUUGUAGCGGCCUUUUUUCCCCCCCUCUUCCUCCCACCAUUUUUUAACCCUAUCUGUGAAGUCAAGUGGGUUUUUUUCAGUCUUCAGUAAGGAAAGCAAUAUUAAGAAGACACUAUUGAUACCUGAUUUUUAGCCUUUUUUAAAAAUCUUCCUGUGUUCAGUAACAUUUUGGUCAAUUCUGUUGUCUAGUCUCUUUCCAAAAUGUACACAUUGCUUGGAAUGUUCACAACCUGCGUGUGUGAAACCAGAAAAUAUUGCUGUAUUCUACAUUGCUACCAUUUAUAUAUAUAAAUAAAUAAAUAAAUAAAUAAAUUGGUAACUACUGAAA